GGCGGCGGUGACGGAGCCGCGGAGCCCGAGGAGUGCCCGGAGCCCGGCGCCGAGGCCGAGGCGCAGCAUGGAUUAUUCCUUUUUGGAGCUUGUCGCGUUUCUUCCUCAAGGCCCUUCCUGAGUCCCCGACUGCAUGGGCGACUCGGGUUCUCCCCUGGACCCUUCCUGGGCAGGCUAACGCUGAGGUGAUCUGUAUUUUUGACUCAUAGAAUCACAGAAUCUCAGAGUUUGAAGGGAGCUGAGAGGCCAUGUAGUCCAACCUGCAAGGAGACUGGAGAGAAAUCUUUCCCUGAGUGAAUAUUCUCACAAAAUCACCCAAAUGUUCCUUUGCCUGAGGACAGGAUUUCAUCUUUGAAACAAGAAGUUUCUCCGGAAGCUUGGUGAGUCCUAUCACCAUGUUCUGGAAGUUUGAUUUGAACACAACAUCCCAUGUUGAUAAACUGCUGGACAGAGAGGAUGUAACUCUGCAUGAGUUGAUGGAUGAAGAUGACAUCCUACAGGAAUGUAAAGCACAGAACCGCAAGCUUCUGGACUUCCUCUGCAAACAGCAGUGUAUGGAGGAGCUGGUGAGCCUCAUCACUCAUGACCCACCCCUGGACAUGGAAGAGAAGGUCCGCUUCAAAUACCCCAACACAGCCUGUGAACUCCUGACCUCUGAUGUGCCGCAGAUCAAUGAUAAACUGGGAGGAGACGAAAAUCUCCUGAACAUCCUUUAUGACUUCUUGGACCAUGAGCCGCCUCUCAACCCUCUACUGGCCAGCUUCUUCAGCAAGACCAUUGGCAAUCUUAUUGCAAGGAAAACCGAACAGGUGAUCACAUUUCUGAAAAAGAAAGACCAGUUCAUUAGCCUGGUACUCAAGCACAUUGACACCUCUGCCAUGAUGGACCUGCUACUUCGCUUGAUAAGCUGCGUGGAGCCUGCAACUCUUCGGCAGGAGGUCUUGAAUUGGCUGAAUGAAGAGAACGUCAUUGAGAGGCUUGUGGAGCUGAUCCACUCGAGCCAAGAUGAAGACAGACAAUCAAAUGCUUCUCAGACCCUCUGUGAUAUCAUCCGACUCAGCAGAGACCAGAGCAGUCAGACGCAAGAGAUUUCUGAGCCUGACCCCCUCCUCACAGUCUUGGAGUCACAGGGAUGUGUGGAACGGCUUCUAAAGAACAUGUUUGAUGGAGACCUGACUGAAAACUGCUUAGUCAAUGGCACUCAGAUUUUACUGACGUUGUUGGAAACAAGGAGAUCUGGGGUGGAGGGCCUGAUGGACUCAUUCUCUCAGGGACUUGAAAGGUCUUACACUGUCAAUAGCAGCAUAUUGCACGGCAUUGAACCAUGGUUGAAGGACUUUCAUCAGCUUCUUCUCAACCCUCCAAAGAAAAUGUCCAUCCUGACCACCAUUGGUGUCCUGGAGGAGCCCCUGGGAAACGCUCGACUCCACGGGGCGCGGCUGAUUGCUGCCUUGCUGCACACCAACACACCCAGUAUUAACCAAGAGUUAUGUCGGCUCAAUACCAUGGACUUGCUACUUGACUUGUUUUUUAAGUUCACCUGGAAUAACUUUCUGCAUUUCCAAGUGGAGCUGUGCGUAGCGGCCAUUCUAUCCCACUCUGCCCGGGAAGGAGGGAUGUCCAGCAGUGAGUCUGACUGCCGAGAGGACAUGCACAGUGGGAGUGGAAGCUUGGAAAAAACUGAGUCUGCAGAGUCCACCUCUGAGAACGUGAUGGUGACACAUCUGUUCCAGAAGUGCUGCUUGGUACAGAGGAUCUUGGAUGCCUGGGAAGCCAAUGACAGAAUCCAGGCCGAAGGCGGGAUGAGGCGGGGAAACAUGGGCCACCUCACCCGAAUAGCCAACGCUGUUGUCCAGAACAUGGAGAAGGGCCCCAUUCAGUCUCAGAUCAGCUCCUUCAUCAAAGAGCUUCCUGAGGAUUGUCGAGGGCGAUGGGAGAGCUUUGUGGAGGAGACGCUGCCGGAGACCAACCGGAGGAACACUGUCGACCUGGUGAGUACUCAUCACCUCCACUCCUCCAGUGAAGAUGAGGACAUGGAGAGCGCUUUUCCUAACGAGCUGUCCCUGCAGCAGGCCUUCUCUGAAUACCAGAUCCAGCAGAUGACAGCCAACUUCGUGGACCAGUUUGGCUUCAACGAUGAAGAAUUUGCAGACCAGGAUGAUAAUAUCAAUGCCCCUUUUGACAGGAUUGCUGAGAUCAACUUCAACAUUGACGCUGAUGAUGACAGUCCCAAUGCAUCUCUGUUUGAAGCAUGCUGCAAUGAUCGGAUCCAGCCAUUCGAUGACAAUGAGGAGGAGGAAGACAUCUGGGAGGACAAGGAGAUCAACUAUGCAACUCAAGCAAAAUCCAGAACCAGGUUUGGUGCAUCACAUACCUCAGAGUAUUCUGCCAAAAGUAAUCUGGAGAACGGGGAUCAGGACGGCAGCGAGGACUCGGAGGAGGAGGAGGAGGCAGAGGCCGGGGAAGUCCUGCAGGAUGGUGGCACUCCUCCUUCAAAGAGCAACAGCACCAGCGACCUCAGCCUGCAGGAUGAAGACCUGGCCUCCUCGGAAGGCUCUGGAUGGACAGCUGUAUUUGAUGAGCCAGUAAAUUCAAAGCCCCCUCCCUCAGGUGUGGCCAUGGACAUCGGUUCUCGUGUAUGGGAUGCAGCUGCUCCAGACACUUCCACUUCGGAUGAAAAAGGCUGGGCGAAAUUCACAGAUUUUCAGUCGUUUUGCUGCUCAGAAUCAGGUCCUCGAUGCAGUUCUCCUGUGGACACAGGGAGCAGCCCUUCUGAGGGGAAGCCCAAGCAGAGCCAGGACAAGAGCUUCAGCCCAGCUGCUCCCUGCGUCUGGAAUGUGUGUGUGGCAAGGAAGGCCCCCCUGGUGGCCUCUGACAGCAGCUCCUCGGGGGGCUCAGACAGUGAGGAGGAGGAGGAGGAAGAGAAGAAAGCAGGUAUCGUCACAGAAACCGUCAGUCUCGGAUCUGGACAAGAGGGCCCCAAGUUGACUGUGGACGCCAAGAAGGAGAAGGCCGCCUUGACCAGUCACACAGAGCCUCUGGUGAUCCAUAAGCUGCCCACGUCAGAGAAGGGAGUGCCCAGUGCCUCGCAGCCCUCCCUGGAGCCCCUGAGCCCAGCUGCUGCAGCCAUGCCCACGGUAGCCACCACCGCUGUCCUCACAGCAGCCACCACCACUGUCCUCACAGCUACUAUCUCUGCAGCAGCCACGACAAUGGCUACCACGGCUGCCCUGGAAACAGUGAUGAAAGACAGGAAAGAGGAGGCGUCACCUUCUCCCGAAGCCACGUUAAAUGGUCCUGCUUGACGCUGCCGCCUCCCUCAGGCCGCGUCUCCCUGAGGCCGGGCUGCUUCCACUUAGGCAAGAAACUACCUGGUGAUGCAAAUGGUCUGUUUUUUUAUUUUAAUUUUAUUUUUUAAUAAAUGCUGCAUUGGUAAA